UUCCAGUCGAGUCUUCAGGUAAUCCGGACGCUGUCGCUCUGUUGCUUUUCAGUUGGUGCCUAAAUCCCAACUUUUGAGAGUUCUCAAAGUGUGAGGAAACUUUUGCUUCGCCAGCCAUGAAGUGGACUUUGCUGUUCGUCUCCUUUCUAGUUUGCCUGGGCGCAAGUCAAGCGAGGAAGUGCUAUGUCUGCGCCACCGGAACGUGUAAUGACCCAUUCAGCAAAGCUGACGCCACUGAAACGGACUGUGGGUCUCAGUUCGAUACAUGCGUGAAACAAAAAGUCGGUGACAUCGUUACUGGGCGAACAUGUGGUGCUUCAGACACCUGCACUGACUUGGUGAGCGGGGGUCCAAACAGCUGCCGGACUAUUUCUGUGCCGUUAGUUGGGGACACGACAACUUGCUGCUGCAACACGGACCUCUGCAACAGCGCCACCACUCGACAAGUCAGCUACGUACUGUUGUCCGCCAUGUUGCUUGUGAUCAAAGCUGCUUUUUAAGGAACGUAUGCCGCUGUAGUUUAAACCUUACGGUCAAUGAAAAUAGAUUACAAAAUAGAAACUCCGAAAGUUCACCUUUUCCUAGCAAAAGUACACUCCUUUGUUAUGCUCUAAGAUAGAUUGAAAAUUUAAUUUGUAGAUUAAUAAUCCAAAAAGAAUUUAGGUUCGAUUUCUUUCAUAAUACGCAUGAAGAACUGAUGAAUGAAAGCUUAUGACAAACUAGCAUUACCUUUUCGAAAUCGAGUAACUUCAAUGGCUUAACUACCAUGUCGAAGUGCCCCUCAGAUAGUAAAUUUAGCUGCAAUAAAGUGAUUUAUACCAACCCAUUUGAUCGACCAUUUUGCUGAAAGAUUGUAUGUCGAAAGGGAUUUGAACACUUCAGUUUUUUCAAAGGGUUACUGCUAACCAAAGUAAACGAUUAUGUACAAAGAAAAGUAUGGACUCUCACAACCCUUGCUAUCUACACUAAUCGAGGGUGACCAAAUCAACUAACCCUUUCGAGUCAAAAUAUUUGAAAUCUGGAAUAAUAAUGCCGAGUUCGAGGCUGGAUUGUGGUCACGUGCCACACUCAGUUCCUUAUGCAGACAAUCAAAAGUUCUUGUAAUUAAUAUCUUUGCUUCUGUUCAAGCCCGAUUUUACUGUGAUUGCUGGAACAUUUAGUUGAAUGUUAAAACGCACUUAAAUAAACACUUCAAUCCAUUUUGUUACAAGAAUGUUUUUAAAGCAAUAAAUACGCCGUAUUGAUGUAAGAUUUAGCAGGAAUGUAA